ACUGCGGAGGCGGUACGGUCGACAUCACCACAUAUAUAGUUCUAAAAUCAGAACCAAGACUAGAGUUUGAAGAGCUUUGUGUUGGCAUAGGUAUCAUUGCCUAUCCAUAUCAAGGAAAGUCAGUCUUCGGUAGCUAACCAGAUCAUGUUCCGCAAUGUAGGAGGAAAAUGCGGAUCGACUUAUAUCGACCGAAAUUUCAACCAGUGGAUGCAAGAGACCUUUGGAGAGGAAUAUACCUCGGUACCAAUGAGGUUACGAGGGCCAGGAAGUAGAUUCAUGAAUUCCUUUGAGAGUGCGAAGCGGAACUUUGGAGGUCCUAACGACGAUCGAGGAGUGGAAGUUGGGCCUAUCCGGAUGGACGUUGGGCCAAGUGUCCACUAUGAUGAUGACGAACUGGUGGUGAAGCUUUCCAAAUACGACAUGCAGCGAUUGUUCGAUCCAGUCGUAAAGGAAGUUAUAGCUCUGGUCAAGUCACAGGUAAAAGCUGCUGAGAAAAAGAAGAAGAGAAUUGACCGGCUUAUACUUGUUGGAGGCUUCGGGGACUCAGAUUAUCUCAAUACCAAGCUAGGUGAAUGGUGCAAAGGAAAGAACAUCGGCUCUGUGACAUGUCCACCGGACUGUCAAGCUGCAAUUGUCAAGGGUGCAUGUCUGCGCGGCUUAGAAGGGCUGAAGCCUGUUAUCACUCAUAGUAGAGCGCACUAUGGCUGGUCUUGGGGAAAACGAUUCAGGAAAGGCAUCGACCCCGAGGCAAAUGCGUACACUGAUCCGCUCACUGGCGAGAAGAUGUGCAGCGGGAGGAUGGAGUGGGUGAUUCCCAAAGUAUGCAUUCAGAAAUUGAUUCUCGUCACAGGAAAUAAGAUGAGGCGUGCCUGACUGACUGCCGGCUGUACAGGGAAAACGACUGGACGAAAACUUCAAGAUGAAGGCGGACAUCCAGAGUACGUUCAAGCUGGGCCAGCCGCUGAACGAGAACAUCACCAUGUUCUCCUGCACCAUGGACGAGCCGCCGGAGAGAGAAGACCACCACCGUGUUGUCAAGGUAGGGGAGAUAUGCCCUGCCUUUUCGACAUCCACGUUCAACGACUUCCAGACGCGCAAGAGCACGUCGGAUGGACAGACGUACCACCGCUUCAACUACACGAUAGAGGUCAACUUCCGGUCCAAGGGGGGUAUCCUGAGCUUUGCAGCCACGUCAGAAGGGAGAGUAAUUGCAGAUGCGGCUUUGGGGCUGCUCGAGGACUGAUAUCGUGUCCUGUUCAUAGCGGUGUUGACGCUGUUGGUAUUUGGUCGAGACUGGAGUUUCUCAAAACGGCACCGAGAUAAUCUCGUAAUGUACCUAAUCUUCAUAUCUGUACAAGACAUUCCAUAGGCUAUUGAUCUCUCUCGUCCGCUCUCCAUCUCGCUGUCGUCUGCUCGCUGUGUCUGCCUUGGACCGCGCUGUCCGCUCC